AUGCUCAAGUCAUCAUUGUUUAUUACCAUCGCGGUUCUCUCCCAGAGCAUCAACGCUAACUCUGAAACCACUUCUCAGGUUGACCACCAAACUCGCGAUGAAUUGGCCUACUCCGAACCCCACUAUCCUUCACCAUGGAUGGAUCCGGCAGCACCUGGCUGGGAGCAGGCUUAUGCCAAAGCCAAAGACUUUGUCUCCCAGUUGACUCUGCUGGAGAAGGUUAACCUGACCACUGGUGUCGGUUGGAUGGGCGACAAAUGCGUUGGAAAUGUUGGAGCUGUCCCUCGCCUAGGCUUCCGCGGUCUCUGCAUGCAGGACGGUCCUUUGGGCAUCCGAUUCGCAGACUACAUCAGUGCCUUCCCCAUUGGAAUCACUGCCGGUGCUACAUGGAGCCGCCCUCUCUGGCAGGAUCGUGGCUACAAGAUGGGUUCUGAGGCCCAUGAUAAGGGCAUCGAUGCUCUCCUUGGACCUGCCGCUGGGCCUAUUGGUCGAGCUCCUACCGGUGGCCGAAAUUGGGAAGGCUUCUCUGCUGACCCUUAUCUACUCGGAAAGGCCUUUGGAAACACAAUUGAAGGCAUCCAGAGGGCUGGAGUGAUUGCAACUGCCAAGCAUUAUAUUGCCAACGAGCAAGAGCAUUUCAGACAGGUCGGGGAGUCUCAAGGUCGCGGGUACAACAUCAGCGAAACCCUUUCCUCCAAUAUUGACGACAAGACAAUGCACGAGUUUUACAACUGGCCUUUCGUCGAUGCUAUCAAGUCUGGUGCUGGCUCGGUCAUGUGCUCGUACCAGCAAAUCAACAACUCGUAUGGCUGUGCCAAUUCCAAGACCUUGAACGGCCUGCUCAAGGGCGAACUUGGAUUCCAGGGUUUCGUCAUGGCAGACUGGGGAGCACAACAUUCAGGAGUGUCAUCGGCUGUUGCUGGACUAGACAUGACCAUGCCCGGAGACACAGCUUUCAAUACCGGCGCAAGCUACUGGGGUGGUAACCUGACUCUGGCAGUUCUCAACGGAACGGUCCCUGCCUACCGCUUGGACGACAUGGUCAUGAGAAUCAUGUCCGCUUACUUCAAGGUAGGCCGAACAAUUGAGGGCCAGCCAGAGAUCAACUUCAGCUCUUGGACUCGCGAUACAUUCGGCUAUUCUGAUGCCGCUGUAAACGAGAACUGGGAGCAGGUCAACUCGCAUGUCGAUGUCCGUGGUGACCAUGCCAGCCAUAUCCGGGAAUCCGCAGCCAAGGGUACUGUGCUUCUCAAGAACACGGGGUCUCUGCCUUUGAUUAAGCCCAAGUUUGUUGCCGUCAUCGGUGAAGAUGCAGGGCCGAACCCAAAGGGCCCUAAUGGGUGCAAUGACCGAGGCUGUGCAGAGGGAACAUUCGCCCAGGGCUGGGGUUCGGGAACUGCUGAUUUCCCAUACCUCAUCACCCCCGAUUCAGCACUUCAGCGUCAGGCCAUCGAGGAUGGAAGCAGAUAUGAAAGUGUCCUGAGCAACUAUGAGUGGGCAAAGACCAAGGCUCUCGUCACCCAGCCAAACGCCACUGCCAUCGUUUUUGCCAAUGCCGGAGCUGGUGAGGGAUUCAUUGAUGUUGAUGGAAACGUAGGUGACCGAAAGAAUCUCACCCUGUGGAAGAAUGGAGAUGAACUCAUCAAGAAUGUCUCUUCGCUGAACCCAAACACUAUUGUUGUGCUACACACAGCUGGUCCUGUUCUUGUUAAGGAAUGGUAUGACCAUCCCAACAUCACUGCCAUCAUCUGGGCCGGUGGUCCCGGACAGGAGUCAGGCAACUCUCUUGCUGACAUCCUGUACGGAAAGCAAUCCCCUGGACGCUCUCCAUUCUCUUGGGGACCAACCCGGGAGAGUUAUGGCACAGAUGUCCUGUACGAGCCCAAUAAUGGCGAUGGCGCACCCCAGCAAGACUUUUCUGAGGGCGUGUUUGUUGACUACCGCCACUUCGACAAGGUUGCUCCCAACAAAGAGGAUGAGGGAGCUCCUAUUUACGAAUUUGGCUUCGGUUUAUCGUGGUCGACCUUCGAAUACUCCGACUUGGUGAUCCUGCCUCGAAACCCACAACCCUACAAGCCAACUGAAGGCAAGACUAUCGCUGCUCCUUCUUGGGGCAACUAUAGCAAGGAUCUGAAGGACUAUCAGUUCCCGGGCGGUAUCCGUCGGUUUGAACAGUUCAUCUACCCUUGGCUCACCUCUACCGAUGCUAAGGAAGCCUCGAACGAUACCAGCUACGGCUCACCCGCCGAGGACUUCCUUCCUCCCGGCGCAUUGGAUGGCUCUCCACAGCCCCGCCUGCCCUCCUCAGGCGAACCAGGUGGUAACCGCCAGCUCUGGGAUGUGAUCUACCAAGUCCAGGCCACAAUCACAAACACGGGUAAGGCGACAGCAGACGAGAUUCCUCAACUGUACAUCUCCCAUGGCGGCGAGAACGAGCCUGUCCGUGUUCUCCGCGGAUUCGACCGAAUUGAGCGUAUUGCUCCUGGGCAGAGUGUCAUCUUCCGAGCCGAUAUUACCCGACGUGAUCUUAGCAACUGGGACGUUGUUUCUCAAAACUGGGUUGUGACGGAGCACGAGAAGACUGUUUGGGUUGGCAGCAGUUCGCGUAAUCUGCCUCUGCAGGGCAAGCUUCAGGGAGCAUGA